CCACUCUAAAUGCAGAGGUCUAACAGGAGCUCUUCCUUACCUGGUUGGCAGGAUGAGUGAGCGACUGUGCGGGCUGUGUUUCCACAACUUCAGCAACUUAAAGCAACACCUGAAAGUGUCCCACACCAUUCAGAACAAAGAAGAGUUCCAGCUUUUGAUGCGAUAUGGGAAUUCACGAACUAGCAAAUACUUGGAAUGCAAAAUAUGUGGGAAGAGGAAUCUCGUCCGCCUUGACAAACACUUACAAAUAGCGCACAACAUUGGUUCAGCAGAGGAGCGAGAACCGAUCAUGAGGCAGGCCAAGAGAGCAGUCAUAGUUAAAAUGCUGGCAGAACUGCGUGAGUCCAGCCCUGAUGUGCCCAUGGUAUCCAGCUUGGACUUGGGAGUUACCAUGGAACAUGAGGAAUUUGUUCUGCCCAUUGGAGAGAUAAUUGAGGAGGCUGUUUCCAAGGAACUGAGGGAGGAGCCAGAGGGAUUGGAGUACAGGGAAGAGGAGGAGGCCUCGAGUAUCAAUUCAUCAUCCAACAACCAUCUUGCGACUGGAAUACAUUCUGCCUUCCAAUGUUCCACCCCCAUAAUUCAAAGACAGGAUCAUGAUUACAACAUGUCCUCCUCCAGUGACCUUCCUGAACACACUGGUCAACUGCUGUUUUCCACCCCUGUUUCUGGGGCCCAAAACUCCUCUGCCAGUAACCAAAUCCCUUCCACCGCCCUGUGUGCAUCCAUGCCUCCGCCUUCAUGUGAGACUGUGAUGUCUUUUAACCUACCGGGGCACUUGAGUGGCCACAGUGAACACUUGACUGGUUCAAUGUCAAGGGACAGAAUGUGUUACUGCGAGCAGUUGGAUUCCAGGGUGCAGCAGUUGGAAAAAAAGGUGGACAGUUUGAUGGCAAUGCAGCAACAGACACCCAUACUGACAAAAGCACCUCUAUCUGUUCAAAAAAGUGAGCAUGUCGGCAAGGGAAAGAAGGGCGCUUGUUUCUUUGAAAAGGCUGUGGAAGACUUCUUCAAGUUUCGCCUGGGGCCACGGACUGGAAGGAAGGACAGGGAAAAUGCAAGACAGUGUUCAAGCCAUGCUUUUCGCUUUUGCCUCUAUAUGGCUGGUGGUCUACCCUCCAAGAUCGUCUCCAGUGACCUAAGGUUCCUGAACCAAAUGGACAAGUUGCGUGGUUGGCCAACAUACCUGGUCCAGAAAGGCUACGCACCCUCAUCAAUGAAAAACAUGUUGACCAACGUGAUUAUGUUUUUCAAGCAUAUUGAAAACUCCUUCCUGACUCAAAGUAAGCUCAAACAGAAUGAAAUAAAUAAAAUCCUGUACGAGCUGAAGAGGAUCCAGGCCGAGAUUCAAAGAACGCUAGUUGUCCACCGGCAAAAAGUGUUGCGUCGUAAAACAGAUGAUCAGCUUCAUGCAACUCAGGAAAGCGCUUUCAUGACAGCUGCGAGGGAAAACAUUCCUAAACUGUUUGAACGAUUGGAGAGCAGUGGAAAUCAGGAGAAUGAGCAUUCUAAGCUAAUGGGCUACAUAAUGGGCUACCUGUGCAUCCUCACUGGACACAGAUCGGUUGUCCUCACCAACAUGACAAAGGAAAAUGUGGUCAACUUUGUCUGUUGGAAUCAUGGCAAGAGAUUCCAAGUUCUGGUUGAUGACCACAAAACCAUGCAGUCAUUUGGUCAGGCUGCAUUCAACCUAAAUGAGGAGGAAUUUAGGUGGCUGGAAAACCUCGCUAACUGCAAGUGCUCUCCUCAAGGUCAGGCCAGUGAUUAUGUUUUCCACACAACACUUGGAAAACAGAUUGGUAAGGCCGGGAACUUCCUUCAUCUCGCUUGGGUGGACUGUGGAAUGAAGGGCACAAUCAGUUUUAACAAGAUCCGGAGCAGUGUCUCUACUCAAGCCAACCAAUACCUAUCUGAGAAGGAGAGAAAACAGGUGGCAAAAGCCAUGUGCCAUGACCCCAGCACGGCAGAGAGAUUUUAUGUGGCUCUGCCAGACAAAGUCACAGGAUAUGAGACGAGGAGGCUGAGACUAAAGGCUUUAAAGAUGGCCAUUGCAAAACCCUCUGAAGAGGAUGAAAAGAUAACUGAUACUUCAUCAGACGACACACCAGAGACAAGCACAGAGGAUGAGGAGCCAAUCUACGAUGACCACGAGUCCGUCUCUUCACUGUCAUCUGAGGAGUUAAGGAUUAUGCGUCAAAGACGUGGAAGGCCUUCCAAGGCAAGAAGCAGGGCGAGAAUAACCUCCAGCUAUGAGGUUCCCACAUCAUCACAGGACAGCCUUCCACCAGCGCAACCUCUCAAGUCCAAGAGGAAAUUGGAUUUCUUAACUGAAGAAUCUGCAGAAAUACAUAUCUACACACCUUCGAAGUGUGCUAUUGUUGUUGAGAAGUUGCACCAACCAAUUGCUGAGUAUUAUCUCUUCAAAGCAAAUCUUUCCAAUGCCCUGCCUGGGCAAGCACCCCUUGCCGACCCAAAGAACCUACCUGCACAGAGCGCCAGGUUCCUAGCAGCACCGACAGCUCAGGAGGAACCAAGUAGCGAGCCCGAGCCCCUCACUGCCAAGACCACAGAUUACGUGUCAGUGCCCGCAACUGAGCAGGUCCCAGGGAAUGUGCCAGCACCCUUGAUCCCCCUAGAGCAGACUCCCGACUGGAUGCUAGAAACGCAAGAGGAGAAGAAUGCACAAACCUCUCCGGGACUGGACCCAGUAUGUGUUCUGAAUCUUAUAUUCCAGGAGACACCAGAGUUGGUGCCAGAAACACCAGAAGACCAGAUGCCACAAACCCAAGCGGAGGAUGUGCAGAAGUCCUAGCCAGGUAGGGCCUGGAAUGUGCCACAAACACCGUCAGAGGAAGUGUUUGGGUUUGUGCAUGUCCCUUAUUCAAGACACUAAAACAUAUUGCCCCUUGGAUGUGAUUACCCAUUGAUAGGAAUAAUCAUCUUUAAAAAGUUUAGGUUUUAAAGUAAUAUACAUUUAUUUAGCUUUAAAAGGAGAAAGAAUGCUGACGCUUUGAUUUAUUUACAUUUUUUGUAAAAUUUAUAGUUUGUCUGUGUUAGAUUGCACAGAAACUAGACUGAUUCAAAUUCAUGCUCACACACUCACACACUCAGCACACAAAUCAUGCACAGGCAAACAUGCACGUAUAUACACACACACACAUACACACACACACACACACACACACACACACACACACUUUUUAUUUUGAUCAUACUUACUGAACUUAAAAAAUGUAAUAUAUCUCAGCAAAAUUGUUGAAAGUAAAAUUUUCAGAAACCAAUUUACAUGCUUGUCUGUCUCCUAAUUAAUUUUUUAUUUAGUUUUCAAAGUUGUUCUGAGAAUAAAUGUAAUGGUAAGUUGUCAAGACCCACAGUUCAUAGGAUUGUUAUUUUUGAAAAUAGCAAUGGAUAAGCAUCUGGAAGUACUUCAAAGGCUAGUAUGUAAACAAUGGAAGGAGAGAGCAGGUUGAUUCCAACCAAUAGAAGAUUGUAGAUUGCUGUGUCGAAGACUGGUAGUUGCAUCAUGCUAGGUACAAGUCAGGUGGCUGCAUCACUAUCGGUAUAAGUAAUGAUGAGUUAUUAAUGGCCAAAAUAAUUCCAAAUUUUCAUCUAUUCAGUGAACACAACUGUGGCAUCAGACAGAGGGAGAGAGCAGGCUGUUCAAAUGCUAAUGUAAACUUCUACAUUUCUGUGUCAAAGAAAGGUAGCUGCAUCACUUGAGGUAAAAGUAAUGAUGAGUUAUUAAGGGACCAAAUCAUUCCAGAUUCUCAUCUAUUGAUUGGGCCUGUAGAUUCAAUUCUGGAAUCACUUUGAGGGCCCAUAUUUUACACACAGACGGAGAGAGCAACCUGAUUCCAAGUACCAGAGGAAGCUUGUAGAUGUUUGGUGAGGAAUAUGAGCAUCUUUCAGGCUAUUUGGAGUUGCCUGGUGGGUAGACAGGGCAUUCCAGGAAAACACAAAUCAUAAUAACAUGUUCUUAAUCCUCAUUGUUACCUGUGUUGGUGUCAACACCAAUUUGUUAUUAUGAUUUCUUGAACGGGCUGAAAAAGCAGCCAAGUGGGGAUGAGAAUCCUCGUUGUAUAGGUUCAAUUCAAUUCAAUUCAAUUUUAUUUAUAUAGUGCCAAAUCACAACAACAGUUAUCUCACAGUCCUUUUCAUAAAAGAGCAGGUCUAGACCGUACUCUAUGAUGUUAUUUACAGAUGCCCAACAAUUCCAAUCAAGAGCAAACACUAGGCAACAAAGGCAAGGAAAAACUUCCUCUUAAGAGGCAGAACCAUGGCUCAGGGUGGGUGGCCAUCUGCCUCGACCGAUUGAGGGUGAAGGAGAGAGAGAGAGAGAGAGAGAGAAGGGAUGCAGCCU